UUUGCUGGCGGGAAAAAGUGUUCCAGUUCUAAGCGGAGGAGAUCAGUGAAGCUGUAGAGUGAGAGAAGGACGUUCUAAACAGAGAAGAGUGACAGGGUUUUCUGUGCUGAAGUCAUGACCAAAUAUUUCACCCGGGUGAAAAAAUACAGAGUCUAUGCCUGGAAAGGGAGACCAUCCAUAAAAGACAGGAAACUACUGAAUCUACAUUAUGGAGGGCUCGACAUAAAAUCAGAAGGUACUGGGUAUAUAACAGUAACUCCUGGAGACUUUGUUCUGAUAGAAGGGGAAAAUGAGGAGAGGCCGUUUGUUGCAAAGCUCCAAGAAUUGUAUGAUGAUGGAAAUGAGAAACACACAAGUAAGCAUGCCAUAGUACAGUGGUUUUUACGUUAUGAAGAAGUUCCAUACAGGAAGCGAGCCCUACUUGGACGGGAGCCUCAUCAACAGGAAAUAUUCCUAUAUGAUGUCCCUUCCUGUGAAAAUGAUAUUGAUGCAGAGACAAUUAUUGGACGUGUUGAGGUAACUCAGCUGAAGCCAGAAGACAGUUUUCCUGUACAAAAAGAUGCUGGAUCACUCUUUGUGAAGCUGUCAUGGAAUGGGAAAGCUUUCAAGCCAUUAACAUCCAAUGUUUGUCAUAAUGAUGGAGUGAUAGCUGCAAACCAUGACCUAGAGGAUCAUAAUUCUUUGCCAAAGCCCCUCUUCUAUCCGUUAGAGGGAGAUAUUGCUGAAAGCAAACAAAUUACUCGCAGUGCUUCAAGGGGACAAAAAAAUGAGGCAGAAGUAGAAUCAAGACAUUCGGCCUCCAAGAGCUCCCAUUGCAAGGAGAGAGGAGUUCAAAGAGUCUCUACGACCAGCACUCCUGGAGCUAGAAAGAAGCUGCAGCUCAGUAGUCCAACAAAGUCUGGAGUCCCUGGCCUUGAACAAAAGGACAACACGUUGGAUAAGGAGUUCAAAAUCCUGGAAUCCAUAGCUCCCAAGCGGAAAGUGGCAUUUAGUGGAAUUCCUGAUUCACCACCAAAGAAAGUCAAUGGUGACACUCCCAGGAGCACUGGCAUCUUGCCAUUAAAGGGAAACACAAAUAGUCAGACAACAAGACACAGUUUAAGACUGACUCCAAUGAGACGACCUUUGGAACAAUUAUAUGGCAGUCUGCCAAAGGACCAGAGUUUGGGUAAAAUCUGCAUAGAAGCGAAUGGAAAUAAAGCUGCUGAUAAUGAAAGGCCUGUUAAGUCUAAAACACCCCAAAAACUGGAACCCACGCCAAAGAAAAGUACAUCUCGGCCUUCAAAAAGGUCUGAAGAAGAUUUUGAAGAAGAGCCACAGACCCCCCGUUCCCGCAGGACAUCUGCACGGAUGACUGCAAACAAAGUCCGUGCACAAUUAAAGGCUUUAAUGGACAGUGAUGAAGAUGUUGAUGAGGACAAAGACUUUGUUCCAAUAAAAGAGACUUGUACACCCAGUGACAGUGAGGAAGAAAAUGAACAAGAGCAAGUGCCAUUAAAAAGAAAUGUAAAGAAAGGAUGUGCUACACCUAGAACACCAACCUCCUCCAGGAAAGCCUCUUCAAGGACACCCAAUAAAACACCUAACUCCAAGACACCACAUUCCGCAACUCCUAGAAUUCCAGAGAGAAACCAACCAGUUAAAAAACCGAGCAAUAUGCUGGAAGAGGCCAGGAUCAGGCUUCAUGUCUCUGCUGUGCCUGAAUCACUACCCUGCCGGGAGCAAGAAUACCAAGAUGUGUAUAACUUUGUGGAAAGCAAACUCUUAGAUGGCACUGGGGGAUGCAUGUACAUCUCAGGGGUACCCGGUACAGGAAAAACAGCCACUGUUCAUGAGGUGAUUCGUAGUUUACAGGAAAGUGCAGAAGAAGAAGAGCUGCCGUCGUUCCAGUACAUUGAAAUAAAUGGCAUGAAACUGACUGAUCCUCAUCAGGCCUAUGUACAGAUUCUAAAGCUCCUAACUGGUCAAAAAGCCACAGCAGAUCACGCUGCAGCACUGCUGGAGAAACGGUUCAGCACCCCAGCAUCUAAAAAAGAAACAACAGUGCUCCUGGUGGAUGAGCUGGACUUGCUGUGGACAAGAAAACAGAAUGUCAUGUAUAGUUUAUUUGACUGGCCGACCAGAAAACAUGCAAAAUUGAUUGUCCUGGCAAUAGCAAAUACUAUGGAUCUGCCAGAAAGGAUCAUGAUGAAUAGAGUGGCCAGCAGACUGGGUCUGACCAGAAUGUCUUUCCAGCCUUACACUCACAAACAACUGCAGCAGAUCAUUACUUCUAGGCUAAAUCACAUCAAAGCAUUCGGUGAUGAUGCUAUUCAGCUUGUUGCAAGAAAGGUGGCUGCACUGUCAGGAGAUGCUCGCAGAUGCCUGGAUAUAUGUCGUAGAGCCACGGAAAUAUGUGAGUUUUCUUGUAAGAUGGGUGACUCUUCAUUGGUUAAGAUGUCCCAUGUGAUGGAAGCCUUGGAGGAAAUGUUUUCUUCACCGUAUGUGACUGCAAUCAGAAACUCUUCAUUAAUGGAACAGACAUUCCUGCGUGCUGUAAUUGCUGAAUUUCGCAGAUCUGGACUUGAGGAAGCUACUUUUCAACAGAUAUAUCGACAGCAUGUUGUGCUGUGUAGGAUAGAGGGACUGCAACCUCCUUUGAUGUCAGAGACCAUGGCUGUGUGCCAUAGACUUGGAGCCUCCCGACUUCUUCUGGUGGAAUCAAGCAGAAAUGACCUUCACCUAAGAGUGAGGAUAAAUGUCAGUCAGGAUGAUAUAAUGUAUGCCCUGAAAGAGGAAUGAUGUAGCAUUUUUCAUCUGAAAAUAACACUGGCAAUAUAAAAAAAAAUUGUAUGCCAGUUUUUAAUAUUUAUGGACUAUUGUGGCAUUGCUUGUGGCAAAACUAUUUUUAUUAAUAUUAUAAUAAAGUUUGUGUAUAUUUUGUUUUA